GAAGGGUGGGCCGGGCAGAGGCAGGACGGGAUCUUGCGGUGGGGGUGUCGUCCCUCAAAAAGGCGCCCCUUGCUCCUCCGGCUUCGCCUGGGUCGGUGGAGACAGAGGGCAGUGGGCGAACUCUUCCUGCGCCUUAUCUGCACCCCAGCGUGCAGAUGAGAUCUCCAUCGGCCAGUCUCACAGAUGGGAACAUUGAGGCUUGCAGAAGAGAGAGGUCUCACCCCACAAUCUGCAAACCAUUUCCCUCUGCACCUGAUCAGAUCCCUCCGCUCUGACCAGACUCCGGGGACUCUAGGGCCGGGUCUGAAGCAGGGACAGGAGCUGAUCCUUGUCUGUACCCCAGUGUUCCCACUUUCCUGUGUGGUGCAACAAUAUGCCUGGGGGAAGAAGGGCUCCAACAGUGAAGUGGCGCGGCUGCUGGCCAGCAGUGACCCGCUGGCCCAGAUCUCAGAGGACAAGCCAUAUGCAGAGCUGUGGAUGGGAGCGCAUCCCCGGGGGGACGCCAAGAUCUUCGACAACCAUGUCUCACAGAAGACGCUGGGCCAGUGGAUUGCUGAGAACCAGGACUGCUUGGGCUCAAAGGUCAAAGUUGCCUUUAAGGGCAAGCUGCCCUUCCUCUUCAAAGUGCUCUCAGUGGAAACAGCCUUAUCCAUCCAGGCACACCCCAACAAGGAACUGGCAGAGAAGCUGCACUUCCAGGCUCCACAGCACUACCCCGAUGCCAACCACAAGCCAGAGAUGGCCAUUGCACUUACCUCCUUCCAGGGCUUGUGUGGCUUCCGGCCUGUGGAGGAGAUCCUGACCUUUCUGAAGAAGGUGCCAGAGUUCCAGCUCCUGAUUGGGGACGAUGCAGCCACACAGCUGAGGCAGAGUGUGAGGAGUGACCCCCAGAUGGUGACCUCGGCUCUACGAAGCUGCUUCUCCCACCUGAUGAAGAGCGAGAAGAAGGCAGUGGCAGAGCAGCUCAAUGUGUUGGUGAAGCGUAUCUCCCAGCAAGUGUCAGCUGGGAACAACAUGGACGACAUUUGUGGGGAGCUUCUGCUGCGGCUACACCAGCAGUACCCAGGGGACAUCGGCUGCUUUGCCAUCUACUUUCUGAACCUGCUCAUCCUGAAGCCGGGCGAGGCCAUGUUUCUGGAAGCCAGUGUGCCCCACGCCUACCUAGAGGGAGAUUGUGUAGAGUGCAUGGCGUGUUCAGACAACACGGUGCGUGCCGGCCUGACACCCAAGUUCAUUGAUGUGCCAACCCUGUGUGACAUGCUCAACUACACUCCCACUCCCAGCAAAGACAGGCUCUUCCCCCCAUCUCACAGUCAGGAAGACCCCUACCUCUCCAUCUAUGACCCCCCUGUGCCGGACUUCACCGUGAUGAAGAUGGAGGAAAGAAAAAAAAUGAAAAGAAAGGGUCUGCUAGAAGAAACCCAUUCUGAAGGCAAGUUAUCUGCAAGGCCACAUGGCCUCCAGGGAGACAAGAGGAACAGCAGAGAAGCAGAGGGGGCUCCAGGAAGGGCCACGUGGUUGGUCCACCAGGUUAUGUCUUCAUUUCAGAAUAUCCAGACCUUAAAAAUCCCUGACACAGACACAGCUCAGCUAGCAUGGGUGCGUUUAUUCUGAGCAUACAGAUGAGGGGUCUGUCGAGCACUGUGAACACCAGGUAGAACCACUCCUGCCUGAGGAGCCCCAGGCACCCCUCCCCCAGGGGACUAUCACCUGCAGAGCAUCCCUCACUCUGAAUUAAGGCAGUGUGGCUUUGGGCACAUUGGUGCCUUAAUUGGUGGUAUUUGGUUGGUGGCCCCACCACAAGGCCCCCUGCAGGCCUCCCUAAUUCUGGAACAUCCCCUCCAGGAGCUGUUCGAGCACCUAGGGUUGAUUGCAGCAACGACCACCAAGAAGACAUGGCUUGGGUUCCCAAAUACCCAGACUACUCUGUUCUAACCAGGACCUCAAACAUAGACCCACAUGUGACUUCCAUGUCCCACUCGGGGCUCAUGGAGUGUCCCUGCCCCCCAGCCUCUACAUUGCACUGUCUGCCUUCAAUGAGGCCUGCACAUGGACUCUGCUGGGGACAGCUCAGAAUGUGGGCUGCCUGGGUUGUUACAGAGUCCCACUGCAGAACAGAGCAGCCACUACCUCCCCUAUCCCAGCCCCAAGCUGAUGGGCCUUGGGUCUCUGUCCAUCUCCAAUCCUGCGAUGCUGCCAGCAGCAGAACAAUCAGCCAUGGCCCAAGGUGCUGUGUACUCAACCUCCCAGUCUCACAAAAAUAGAAGCUUACCAAGCCCUGCUAGGAUGGCCUUCCCAUGGACAGUGUCUGACAAGGAACAGACUGGGCUUUCUCUUCCUAUCCGCCUCUUCUGGUAGAGACUCAAGAGUCUCUACCAUCCCUCAGUAGUCACAGAACAUGGGGGGAGUGAGAGACUGGAUGCUCCACACCCUCACCCUGACUACCAUGCACCUUGAGCUGUGAACCCUAUGCACCUCCUUUCCAACUGCACCACACCUGAGUGAGGCAAAGGGGGCAGAUUGUAGAAUUCACUCCAGAGGGAGGCUUGGGGUAGCAAGAGAAAUUCUCGAGCAGGGUCACAGUGCUCGUGACUGUCAGCAGUGUUCACCCCGGGGCUUGCUUUAUAGCCCAGUCCAUGUGGAUUUUUCCAGGGCCUCACACACUAGGCAAGCACUGGUAGAGGCACAUAAGAGUCGACUGUAGGGUGGCCCUGGCUCGAGAGGUCUCUGCACUGGCCGCUGGAUUACUGCUCAUGGGAGCUGGCUCAAGGUCUCUCCUUCCCAUUCUGCCUGAUUGCUUGUCUCCAUCCAAGCCACACACCACACACCAGUGCACCCUGGGGACCCACUGCUGUCUCCAGAAUAUAAAAGGGUGAACAAAAAGGCAUGAGACUGCCCUUGCAAUAGCUCCCUCUGCUGGGAAUCACAAAAACUCCAGGUAUCUGGGGCCAGCUCCAGUACCUUCAACCCAACCUCAGCUCAAUGGGUGGAG